AUGGCGGAAUAUUCUGCCCUCUCCAUCGUGAAGAACGCUCUGACCGGAAACCGUGACUGGAAGCCGGCCUGGCGCAAGCCCGAACCAAAGCCGGCCUAUGACGUGAUCAUCAUCGGCGGCGGCGGGCACGGGCUGUCGACGGCCUUUUAUCUGGCCAGCGAGUUCGGCAUCCGCAACGUCGCCGUUCUCGAAAAGGGAUGGGUCGGCUCCGGCAAUAUCGGCCGCAACACCACCAUCGUGCGCUCGAACUACCUGCUGCCCGGCAACACGCCUUUCUACGAGCAUUCGAUGAAGCUGUGGGAGAACCUCUCGCACGAACUCAACUACAAUGUGAUGUUCUCCCAGCGCGGCAUCAUCAACCUGUUCCACACGCCGGCCCAGGAAGACGACCAUGCCCGGCGCGGCAAUGCGAUGAUCCUGCAGGGCGUCGAUGCGCGCUUCGUGCGGCCGCCCGAACUCAAGCGCCGGGUGCCGGCGCUGAACCUGUCGGGCUCGUCGCGCUUUCCGGUCCUUGGCGGGCUCGAACAGCCGCGCGCCGGCACGGCCCGGCACGAUGCCGUCGCCUGGGGCUAUGCCCGCGGCGCCGACCGCCGUGGCGUCGACAUCAUCGAAAACUGCGAAGUGACGGGCUUUGUCCGCGAGGGCGAUCAGGUCACCGGCGUAGAGACGAGCCGCGGCCGCAUUCACGCGCGCAAGGUGGCUGCCGCCGUCGCCGGCUCGACAUCGCGCGUCAUGGCGUUGGCCGGCAUCGACCGGCUGCCGAUCGAAAGCCAUGUGCUGCAGGCGUUUGUCACCGAAAGCGUCAAGCCCUGCCUCGACACGGUGGUCACCUAUGGCGGCGGGCACCUCUACAUCUCGCAGUCCGACAAGGGCUCGCUCGUCUUUGGCGGCGACAUUGACGGCUACAAUUCCUACGCACAGCGCGGCAACCUGCCGAUCGUCGAAGACGUGAUGAGCGAGGUGCUGGAGCUGUUCCCGGCAUUUGCGAAACUCCGCCUGCUGCGCUCAUGGGGCGGCAUCAUGGACAUGUCGAUGGACGGCUCGCCCAUCAUCGCCAAGGGCCCCCUGCCCGGCCUCUAUCUGAACGCCGGCUGGUGCUAUGGCGGCUUCAAGGCAACGCCCGCCUCGGGCUGGUGCUUCGCCCACACGAUCGCCCGGGACGAGCCGCACGAAUUCAAUGCCCCCUUCACGCUCGACCGCUUCCACCGCGGCUAUGUCAUCGACGAAAAGGGCCAGGGAGCGACACCGUGGAAGCAUUGA